AAAAAGCUAACAAGCGCCCGCGCCCGCGCCCGCGCCCGCGCCCGAGACAGAGAGAGAGAGAGAGAGAGAGAUGGAGGAAAGCGGAUUGCAGGAGAAGUUAAUAGCGGAUAAGCGGGCCAGUAGAGAAGAAGCAGGGGAUGAAGAAAUCAAGCUGAGCAGACGUUUGUGGGAAGAGAACAAAAAGCUAUGGAAGGUUGCCGGACCUUCUAUCUGCACCCGAUUCUCCACCUUCGGCGUCACCGUCAUCAGCCAAGCCUUCAUCGGCCACGUCGGCGCCACCGAGCUCGCCGCUUAUGCCCUCGUUUCCACCGUCCUCGUUCGCUUCUCCAACGGCAUCCUUUUGGGCAUGGCAAGUGCACUGGAAACUCUCUGUGGCCAAUCCUAUGGAGCAAAACAAUACCGCAUGCUAGGAAUUUAUCUACAAAGAUCAUGGAUUAUUCUCUUCAUUUGCAGCCUCUUCAUCCUCCCCAUCUUCAUCUUUACCACCCCUCUCUUAAAGCUGCUCAGACAAGAUGACUCGAUUGCAGAAAUGGCAGGCACUAUUUCCAAAUGGUUCAUUCCAGUAAUGUUCUCCUACAUCUGGGCUUUCACUCUUCAAAUGUACCUUCAGUCACAGAGCAAGAAUAUCAUCAUCACAUAUUUGGCUGUAUUGACAUUAGCUCUUCAUCUUAGUCUCUCGUGGUUCAUGACUAAGAUACUCGGUCUUGGACUCGUCGGAGUUAUGUCUUCGACGAUCAUCGUUAUGUGGAUUCCGGUGAUCGGACAACUCGGCUUCAUCUUCUUCGGGGGAUGUCCUGAGACCUGGAAAGGUUUCUCUUUUAGUGCUUUUAAGGAUCUUUGGUCCACUAUGAAGGUUUCUUUGUCAUCUGGUGUCAUGCUAUGCUUAGAGCUUUGGUAUAAUACCAUUUUGGUUCUUUUAACUGGAUAUAUGAAGAAUGCUGAGGUUGCACUUGAUGCUCUGUCAAUAUGCCUUAAUAUUAAUGGGUGGGAGAUGAUGAUAGCUAUUGGUUUUCUGGGAGCUGCUGGUGUGAGAGUGGCAAAUGAGCUUGGAGCUGGAAGUGCAAAGCGUGCAAAAUUUGCAAUUGUUAAUGUUGUCGUGACUUCCCUGUCCAUUGGAUUAAUAUUGUUCACGUUCUUUAUAAUUCUUCGAGGAAAGCUGGCUUAUGUAUUUACUAAUGACCCAGAAGUUGCCAGAGCUGUCGCAGAUCUCUCCCCUUUAUUAGCCUGCUCUAUACUUCUCAAUAGUGUUCAACCAGUUCUUUCAGGGGUUGCUAUUGGUGCUGGCCUGCAGGGAGUGGUUGCAUAUGUAAACAUAACAUGCUACUACUUGGUAGGCAUUCCUCUUGGUGUUCUGCUUGGUUAUGGACUAGGCUUCCAUGUUAAGGGAAUAUGGAUGGGGAUGAUGCUUGGUGUUUUGGUUCAAACAAGUGUGCUCCUCUUCAUGACAACAAGAACUGAUUGGGAAAAGCAGGUUCUGCUCUCCAAGGAACGUAUAAACAAGUGGUAUAUGAAGGAACAAAGUCGUGCUGAAGAGCCUGCGUAGAGUUCUACCUUCACUCAAAAUCAAGAAGUUUUGAGACAUAUAAAUGGUGAUUUAUUCUUUUGCUAUUUA